UAGCAACCAAACGAAAACAAGCCCUCUCUACGUACUUGCCUUCUUUUCGAUUCCGUUCUCGAUGUACCAAGCUUGAAUGAUUUUUUCAAUUAAAUUCCGAGUAAGCUGGUUUUCUAAUUAGGCAACCGCUCACAUCUUUACCUUGGGUUGAAAAUCUUUGAUACCGCAGGUAGCUCUCGAGUAAGCCCGUACUAAUGACAGCCCCCGCCUGGCCUUCUGGGUCUUUCCAGGUGUCUCUCAGGUGUCUAUUACGACUUGACUAUAUUACUUCUACCGACUGGUUGUCUCUUCUGACAACCUUGAUCCCACACUUGCAGAAGCCCCUUCAUACCCACUGAGAUCCUAGCUGGUGCCAACUACAAAGCAACAAGAUGUCGUGGACAUGCGGAACAUGCUGGAAAGAAUUUACCACUGAGCGAAGUCGAGAACAACAUAUGGAUGCAUUAGAUCAUUCGGUUCCCGAUCAUGAAUGUGAUAGAUGCUCGCGUUUCUUCAAUUCCCGCAGCGCCGUCGUCAAUCACAUGAACGCAAAGAAUCAUUGGUAUUACGAAUGCACUUUCUGCGAUGAAACAUGGCCAACUGAAGAACAACAAAGAGAGCACGAGAUGGAGGAACACUUCCACUGUACUGAUUGUUCCCGGACAUUUAGAAAUUACAACGAUAUCAAGAUGCAUCUUAACUCGCGUGCCCAUCGCGGCAUAAACAUCAAUUGUCCUUUUUGCAAAAAGGCCUACACAUGUGCCACCGGCCUCGCGCAUCACAUAGAGGGAGGAGCUUGUCCGAGAGCUCCACGUCUAAAUCGAGAUGAAGUAUAUAAGCUCGUCAGAACCAAAGACCCAGGCGGCCUUAUUUCCAAGAAUCUGCUCGGUUGGAAAGGUUCUCCUAAGUACGAGGCCACGUACGAAUCGUGGAAUGGAUGUGCCUUCGAGUGUUACCUCUGCCAUCGCCAAUUCGGCUUACUUAGUUCCCUAAACCAGCACCUUAGCUCGCCUACACAUCAGCAAAAUCUCUAUCAUUGCCCCAACCGGCUUAGCUGUGGUCGUGAGUUCGUCUCACUAGCUGCUCUUAUGAAUCAUCUCGAGAGCGAAAGCUGCGGAUACACCAGGUUUGAGAACGUGCAGAGGGCCAGUAGGAAUAUUAUGGACCCAAACCGACUCAUUAGUUUCAACUAAGAGCACCGGUGGUGUCAAAGUAGCAGCAAUGUCUACCUACCUAUGAUUCGACUUUGAGCUGUAGAAAUGGUUUUCAGUACCUCUGAUUGAUUUGUUGAUUAAGUCUUAAGGGGAGACCUUACCGUCAAUAGUUAGGAUUAACGCCCUUUUCAAUUUUCUUAGAGGUUUUGACCUUGAUAUCAUGUAUUACUGUUGUACGAUAUGACCAUCUUGACCGCCCCCCUUUCCGUUGCGUAUGGACUGUACAAUAGGCAGGCCGACGAUACUAAUAGAAUAGGGGGGUGUCGGCAUAUCUACCGCGAAAGAAGCGAUGUCUCCUACACCCAAAUACACCCAAAU